GUAGCUAGGCUAGGCCGGCUAGGAGUUGCAGGCGCAUGUAACGGACAGUGCAGUUCGCGCUUGCAGUAUGUGCGCGCGCGCCUUCGCGGUCGUCGCGCUUUGCGCUUGCGCGAUCACGGCUGCGCGCGCUAUCCAGCCCUCAGCGCGAAUAUACGUUGACGUAUCAUCAAGAACGAAAACACCGAGACCCACUCAUCUCUUCGAAAGCGAUGAUGUGGAGAAAAGGUACACCCCAGAGCUGGUGCAAGAACUCCAAGCCACGAAGGACAAUGCUCUCCUCCUGUACACGGAGUACACUUCAGCCGCUGCUGGGGAUAUGAAGGCGUUCAUACAGAAUGUGACCUCACUACUGCAGGAUACUAUCAGGUCUAUGGAGACCAGGGUUCUGCAACUGGCGAACCGACGUUGCCGCGACGAAUUUGAGAGGAACAUAAAGAAGAUAGAGAUGGACGCCCAUCGCGCCGCUGUGUUCAGCGGAGAGAACCACCACAAGUUCUUUCUGGGGCAUAUGAUCGUGUUUAGAAUGCAUCUGAAUAAGAGUCAAGAUUACGUGCAAAGAUGUCAAAAGAUUAAUAGAGGCUGUGGUACUCCUUGUGAAACCACACCAAGAAUGGUACGAUGGCGGCGGCUGGCUCAACUAGAAAUGAAUCGUGUAAAGGAUGACAUCCAACACUCUCGCCGCUCGUACAAGGACCUGCUAGUACACUCUCGCCGGAAACUGAAGCAUUUGCGGCAGGAGGCGCACUUGCGCGCGAACACCGCCAUCGCGGCGGUAGAACAAUGUGUGAAGAAUACCAAGUGUUAGUUUUUAACCAGUAUCCAUCAUCAACAUUUCUUCCAUUUGAUCGGAUCCAAAGGCGGGCUGUUCGAAUUGUGGACGAUCCCAAACUAACUGGCUCGUUUGGCCGCAGAGAUAUUAGCUCUCUUUUCGUAUUUUAUCGACUUUAUAAUGGGGAGUGCUCUGCCGAGCUGUUUGACCUCAUUCUACCCUUCUCUCACCACCUGGGUGCAUAAUACACAUCGACCACCCGUUGUGCCAGAUACUUUUAUUAACACACAUGCGAACUGUGGAAUCAACUCUCAUCGGCGGUGUUCCUGAUAGAUUAUUUAUUCAAGGGGUGGACCAACAGAUUCCUGAACGCAACGCAUCGGCCUCUAGUACCUCUGGUGUACCUCUGUAGUACCUCUGGUGCUACAAAUGUUCAUGGGCGGCGGUAACCACUUAACACCAGGUGACCCGCCUGCUCGUUUGCUCGCUAUUUUUUAUUAAAAGAAACCGAUAGACGUUCACUGCUGAUCCACUGUCUCCCUGCAACUCGCUUGAUGUCCAUCCCAACGCUGUGCAACGGUUCAAAUAUAAAAAAUCGGUCUAGUGCGACUCAGAGUCGCACUCGAAGGGUUCCGUACUAUCGUAGAAGAAAUAACACUUUUUUUUUCAUGGCGGCGAUUUUGAAAUUUUCAGUAUUUGUUACACGUUCGGUAAAACUUUCAACUCUCUACCUAUCACGGUUAACGACAUACACCCUGCUGAAACACAGACGGACAAACGGACGUAGGUACAGCAGAAGCCUAGUUAUAGGGUCCCGUUGGCAUCCUUGGGGUACGGA